AUGAAAGAAUCGAAAACGACAACAGCAAAAGAACAGGAAGGUUUAUGCCAAACGGAAUGUCCUCCCGAUGGUAUCGUUUUUGCCAAAAAAGGAAAUGAUUACGUCAUACUACCACCUCCCUGUCCAUCUAAUAAAUGGAAUCAUUUGACGGGACCUGAACCUGGUAGCAUAAUUCACGAGGGUUUGCAUACAAUAACGGGAACGAUUGGAGAUGAUGUAAAAAAAAAAACUUGUAAAAAUUAUUAUCAGGUUUUAGUUAGACGAUGCGCAUCGUUAAAAGCACACGAAAAAGAUACGACCAUUAAAUGUUCUAAAAAUUACGUUUGGGGUUCGAAUUGUACUGUUAUUUGCGGUAAAGAAAAAGAAUCCAUCGGUUCAACACAACUUCAAUGCAUGGAUGAUCUUACUUGGUCAAAUCCAAUGCCUAAAUUGGAAUAUGGAGAGGGAUAA